UUUUAAUUUGUUUUGGUUAACAUUAAUAACGCAGGACGCAGCCACAAACCUUGGCUGGUAAAGAAAGAAAAAGAAGAAGAAGAAGACGAAGAACCGACCCCAUUAAUGUCAGAAUCCAAAAGUCUAUUAUAAACCAACCGAAAAGAGCUGCACUUUAAUGCCUUACCACUCUCCCGUACGGUUGUUCUCCAACUACCGCCAUUAUAGCCCGUUUUUCUAAGCUCCAUUUUCAUUUACUGAAACUACAACAAGACUUGGAAUAUUAUCAUAUCCAUUAUAAUUGCUGUUCUUUUGGUUUUUUUAAAAGUCCACUUCCCAAGGAGCAUCUGGAUAGGAACUAGAAUUCCUUGAAGUUUUCAUUUGCAUGAACCUGAACUUGAAGUAAAAGGCUUUUCUUUUGCUGAUUUUCCAUAUGAGAAUCUUCAAGGAGGUCGCUUUUUCCCAGCUUUGAUUCUGGGUUUUCAUUUUAGUGAAACUUGGUGGCUACUGAUUAGUUCUCAAAAGAGCUUGUUCAAUGGAAUUAUUCUCCUGGUUUACAUUGCUACUUCUUUUAGACGUCAUAUUGCUUCCUUGUACCCACCAAUUGCAAACUUCCCAGAGACAGGUCUUACAACAGCUAAGGAAGUAUUUGGAGUAUCCUUCAGCAUUGGAUUCAUGGGAAAAUUACAAUGGAGAUUACUGUGAGUUGUCUUCCUCUUUACACAUGAGCAUUUCAUGCCAGGACAAUUCUGUCACCCAGCUCAAAAUCAUGGGAGAUAAAAAGGGUGUUGUUAGGGAGUUUUAUGGAUUUGCAAUUCCCAAUCAGACUCUCUCAGAGAGGUUUUCCAUUGAUUCUUUUGUUACCACAUUGACAAGGCUACCCAGCUUGAAGGUUCUCAGUUUAGUGUCUCUGGGAAUUUGGGGUCCACUUCCUGAUAAGAUUCAUAGGCUAUCUUCAAUUGAAGUCUUGGACUUGAGCUCAAAUUUCAUCUUUGGUUCUGUCCCACCAAAGAUAUCCACAAUGGUUAAGCUCAAUUCUUUAACGCUUGAUGGCAAUUACUUCAAUGAUACUGCUCUUGAUUGGUUGGACUCACUAUCAAAUCUCACCAUUUUGAGCUUGAAGAACAACCGGUUUCAGGGUCAGUUUCCUCAUUCAGUUACGAGAGUAACGACGCUUACUGAUUUUGCGAUGUCUGGAAAUAAGCUUUCAGGUAGAUUGCCUGAUUUGAGCUCCUUAACUACUCUAAGAGUGUUAGAUUUAAGAGAUAACCAUUUAGAUUCUGAGUUGCCACUAAUGCCUAAAGGAUUAGUCACGGUUCUUCUCAGCAAGAACACGUUCUCAGGCGAUAUCCCCGCACAUUUUGGUGAUCUUGUUCAGCUUCAGCAUCUUGAUAUGUCAUUCAAUUCUCUAAGUGGGGUUCCCCCUUCUGCCUUGUUCUCUCUGCCAAGCAUUAGCUACUUGAAUUUAGCAUCAAAUAAGCUAAGUGGGUCACUUCCAGACCAGCUAAGUUGUGGUGGCAAACUCGGGUUUGUUGAUAUCUCGAGUAACAGAUUGAGGGGUGGACUUCCUCCUUGUUUGGCCAGUAACUCAGAUAACAAAGUUGUUAAACUCUAUGGGAAUUGUCUUUCCAUCGAUUCCAAGCAUCAGCACCGUGGAUCAUACUGCAGAGAAGGCAUACAAGAGGAUAAAUCAUCGACGGGAACAGUAAUAGCGGUUUUAGUUGCUGCCAUUAGUGGAGGUGUUGUUAUUCUGGUGCUUUUGGUAGUUGGGGUUCUCUUCUUGUGUAGAAGAUACCGCUCGAGGAAGACUCCAAAAGAUCAGCAUACAUUGCCUAAACAGCAAGAUAAUCCACCUUCAGUAGUUUGUUCUGAACUCAUUACCAGCGCCAGGUUCAUUUCUCAGACGGCAAAGCUUGGGACACAAGGUUCCCCAGUCUGUCGAUUGUUCUCUUAUGAAGAGUUGAGGGAAGCGACGGACAACUUUGGCAAGUCUAAAUUUAUGGGUGAAGGCUCCACAGGGAAGCUUUACAAAGGGAAACUGGAAAAUGGGAACUGUGUUGCUAUACGAUCUCUGGCUUUCACAAAGAAAUAUUCGACGCAGAACCUCAGAGUUCGACUCGAGUUUCUCUCAAAGCUUCACCAUCCAAAUUUAGUUAGCCUCUUGGGAUAUUGUACUGAAAGUGGUGGACAAGAUGAUUCUACUGCCAACAAAGUCUUCCUUGUGUAUGAGUAUGUACCUAAUGGGAAUUACCGCACCUAUCUAUCAGAGAAUAGUCUGGAAAAGGCUCUCAAGUGGCCUGAUAGAUUAGCAAUUUUAAUUGGAGUUGCCAAGGCUGUGCAUUUUCUGCACACUGGAGUUAUUCCAGGUUGUUUCAACAACCGGCUGAAAACGAACAACAUAUUGCUUGAUGAGCAUGGGAUUGCUAAGUUGAGUGACUAUGGGAUAUCAGUUAUCAAAGAAGAAAUCGAAAAAGUUGAGGCUAAGGGAGAAGGCCAAAAACCAAGCCACAGGAAAAAUCUUGAGGAUGAUGUUUACAACUUUGGAUUCAUAUUACUUGAAUCACUUGUUGGGCCGAUAGUAAGCGGGAAAGGAGAAACGUUUCUGCUAAAUGAAAUGACAUCCUUUGGAAGUCAAGAUAAUCGAAAAAAAAUCGUGGAUCCAAUUGUGCUGACCACUUGCUCACAAGAAUCACUGUCCAUUGUGGUAUCAAUCACCAAGAAAUGCAUAUCUCCUGAACACUCAUCACGUCCAUCCUUUGAAGAUGUUCUUUGGAACCUACAUUAUGCAGCACAAGUUCAGUCAACGGCUGAUGCUGAUCAGAAAUCAGAUUCCACAUCACAGUCCUAAAUCUCAAAGUUGGUCACAGGUUCUUCAUAACACCUAAAAGACCAUCCAUUUUUCCAGGCUUACAUGUAACGGAAAUAAUUGCUCCUUCUGUUUAAACACAAGCAACGUUGGGGCCCACCUUUCCACUCAUGUGCAAGUAUAGAUGUUUGGUUGUUUGGGGGGUGUCUUUGUGAGAUGGUGAUUUGUAGAGUUUUGUAAAGGCCAUAUUUGAUUGCUCCAGAUAAGUAUACGAAUUUUUUGUUUUUUUCUUUUAUAGGGUAGAGUUUUGCGUGGGUACUUUUGUUUCUAUGACAGGAAUGACGUGAACAAUUUGUGCAGUGAUAAGAGUGUGAUUGAAAUC